AUGACUUCUAAUUCAAAUCAUUUAUUCACAAGUUAUCGUGCUCUUGGUCUUGUUACCGAUCAUGUCCCGUGUAUCUUACGUAUUCAUCGUAAACAUUCAAAUCAUCUGCUAAUAACAGCUAUUGGCAAAAUAUUUCAUGCCUAUCGUCUUAAUACAUUUAAAUUAUUGAUUGUAAGUGAUCCGCUACCGACUGAUAUUCAAUGUUUAGCAUCAGAUAGUCGUUUAAUAUUUGUUGCCGCUGGUUCAACUGUUUAUUCUUAUCAUCGUGUUUACCAUCCGUAUCGGCAAUAUUCAGAGCAUACUGGUUCCGUAACGCAUUUACUUCCAUUUGGUGAUGAUCAUUUAAUAACAGUCGAUGAGUCAAACACGUUACGUGUAUGGGAUAUUGAAACGAUAACAGUCUAUUUAUUAUUACAAUUUGAUUCAAAACAAUUUUUAAUCACAACAUUAUUACAUCCAGCUACAUAUGUUAACAAACUAUUAAUUGGUUCACGUCGUGGUACUCUACAACUAUGGAACAUUAAAACGAACAAACUUUUACAUGAAUUUUUCAAUAGUAAUAGUGAACAACAAGCGUGUGUAGCUAUAACAGCUUUAGUACAAUCGACUGUUGUGGAUGUUUGUGCUAUUGGUUAUGAAAAUGGACGAGUUAUUUUACAUAAUAUACGUUAUGAUGAAACAUUAGUAACAUUUACACAAGAUUUUCAUGGCCCAGUGACAUCGAUUGCAUUUCGUCUGGAUAAUAUUCCACAUAUGGCAACGGGAAGCGUCAUUGGACACGUAGCGAUAUGGAAUUUGGAAACAUGUCAUCUUGUAUCACAAAUUAGAAAUGCACAUAAAAAUUCACCGAUUGCUGGUUUACACUAUGUGCCUGGUGAACCAUUAUUGAUUACAAAUUCAGGUGAUAAUUCGUUACGUGAAUGGAUAUUUGAUAUGCCAGAUGGAAAUAGUUGUCGGCUGUUUCGUGAACGCUCCGGGCAUAGCCAGUCGCCAAAAUGUAUACGUUUUCAUGAUCCUGAAAUAUUGUUGAGUGCUGGAAAUGAUGGUAUUUUACGAACAUUUCAUAAAACAUUAGAUAAUUUAUCUAAGAGUUUUGGAAAAAUGGCAAAAGGUGAUGAUGAAACACCAUUACCAAUUAGCGAUUUCCGUUGUGAAAUAAUUAAAGAAAAUGACUGGGACGGUAUUGUGGCAAUUCAUGAAAAUUUACGACGUGCAACUGUAUGGAAUUAUAUUAAAUCAACGAAAAGUGCUCAUACCUUUGAACAUGAACGAUUUUUAUCAAAAAAUUAUCAAAAUUUCGGUAUUGUGGCGACAUGUUGUGAUAUAAGUCCUUGUGGGAAUUUUUCUACAAUUGGUUAUUCAUCCGGACACAUUGAUAUGUAUAAUAUGCAAUCCGGACAAUAUAGAGGAUCAUUUGAAGAUAAAUCGUCUAAUCCUUCGUCAAAAGGUCACAAAAAGUUUAAAUCUAUCGCAGUGACAGCACAUGCAACUCCCGUUCGUGGCUUAACAUUUGAUAAUUUGAAUAUUCGUCUAAUUUCAGUAGAUAGUGAUGGAAAUUUGAAAUCGUGGCGUAUUAAAACAAAAGUAUUGUUAUCAUCAACAGAAGUUGGACAUGGUGUAUCAAAAAUGACUUUCCAUCGAGAGAGUGGACUCAUUGCAAUAUCAUAUGAUGAUUUUUCAUUAAAAAUAUUUGAUAUUGAUACAACAUUAACAAAAUGUAUUCGAACAUUUGCGGGACAUACGUGUUCAAUAACCGAUCUAUUGUUUAUGCCUGAUGCACGUUGGUUACUGACAACGGCUAUGGAUUGUACUAUAAAAGUAUGGGAUAUACCAUCGGGAGAAUUAAUUGAUGUCAUUAAGUUUGAUGAAGCGGUUGUAUCAAUGGCUAUUAGUCAAAAUGGUGAUACAUUAGCGACGAGUCACGUAAAUUCAAUUGGGGUCUAUCUAUGGUCAAAUAAAACAAUGUAUAGUUCUUCUGUCACCAUACGUCCAAUUGAUAUUAAUAAAAAAGUUGAUCGUGUAUCUUUGCCAACAACAUGGUUAAAAGAAAAUAAAGAACAAAAUGGUAAUAUUGAUAUUGAUGACCAGAGCGAAUUACUUGUCGGCGAGUUUCAAUCACCGCUACAACUAUCAGAUAAUCUAAUAACAUUAUCUCAAUUACCUGAAUCAAAAUGGAAAAAUUUGUUAGUAUUAGAUACAAUUCGUCAACGUAAUAAAUCAAAGCAACCACCAAAAACGACAAAACAAGCGCCCUUCUUCUUACCAACCGUAUCAAAUCUAAGAGGAUUUGAAUUCGUUAAUGAUGAUAAAAAAUUAACAGAAAAUGGAGACAAUGAUUUAUCAUCACGUAUUCGAAAAACAAAAUUGUUUUUAUAUGAAUCACCCUUUACACGUAUUUUAGAUGAUGAUGAUGAUGACAAUAGUAAUAGCAAAAAGAUAAUGCAAUUAUUAAAAGACAUGGGUUUGUCUAAAAUUGAUUACGAAAUUCGUUCAUUAUCACCUGAACAAGGUGGUUCUCGCGAGAGAAUGUUAAAAUUUAUUAAUAUUCUUAAUUUGACAUUUGAGUCUCAUCUAGACUAUGAUUUAGCUAGCUCUUAUUUAGCUCUAUUUUUACAAAUACAUGGUGAUUAUGCGUGUAAAGAUGAACAAUUAAUUGAAAAAGUUAAAAUGCUAUCUGACAAACAAAAACAAACAUGGACCAGAAUGUAUAAACAACUGAGCCAAUGUUUAGGUUUAGUCAAAUAUAUUAAAAGUGUUACAACUUUGUAA